AUGGUCCUCAAGUCUUCCCGGAUCGAUUCAAUUACUCUCGAACAAAGGCCGUUUUUGCAUUUGAGAUCAUUGAUGGUGUGGAGGUGUGCUUCUUUGGACUUCAUGUUCAAGAAUAGGGUAGUAACUGUAAAGAACCAUGCGAGGAGAGUCUACAUCGCAUACUUGGAUUCAGUGCACUUCUUCCAACCGAGGGACCAUUUGGAUCUGCAUAUUGCAUACUUCAAAUUGCAUAAAUCAAGUGUUUUCGCA